AUGGAUAAGGCAAAGGAGUUGCGUGCCCAUUCUUUCGCGCCAGCCAUCGAGCCUCCAGUGGUAUCGCACACGAUCUCGAACGCGGAUGUUGCCCCUGCCGAAUACCUCGAACUCGAAAACGAGAUCGAGAAGGCGAAGGCCGAAGUGGCCAAAUGGGAGGCCAUCAUGGAUGAGCGCGCCGCCGCCGAAGCGGCAAUUGACGCUGAGAAGGAGAAGAAGAAGGACUAG